AUGAAUUAAAGAUGUAAUAAGAUUGGACAUGAUAAAAAACUUAUAGAAUAUAUAUGUGUACAAUAAAAACCUAUUCAAUGGGCUUGUGAAAAAUGUUACAAAGAAAAUAAGUAGUAGUCAAAAUACUAAUCAAUUUAACAAUUUUAGGAAUGUGUAUAAUAAGCGAAAUAAAUAAUAAUUGAAUAAACAGAAAAUGAAAGAAUAGAGUAGAUGAAACUUGAGUUUGACACUUUGUUAUAGAAAAUAAAAGAAUUAUUGGAAUUCUAUUUGGUUGGAUUAGAAUAUUAGAUGAAUAAUUUAUAUGAAGAUUUAAGUAAGAUGAUUCAAUUCGUAAAUAAUUUAAGUACUAAAUUUUUAGAAUCUCCUAAUCCAGAUCAUUAUUAAUACUUAGAAAUUGUAUCAAAAUAAAUUGUGAGUUAGAAAUUUGAUUAAUUUUCAAUGUAAACUAAUUAGUAUAUACACAAAUUAAGUAUGAUGAGAAUGGAUUUGAAUGAGUAAGUUGAGUUUUUAUCUGAAUCUAUAUUUAAGAGUCAUUUGGAAACUCUAAUUAAAAAAUAUGAUUUACCUUAUGAAUUUAUAAAGUAAAUAGAAUUAAUAUAAACACCGAAACAAUAUUGUUAGGAUGAAAGCAAUAAUUCUUAAUAUGUUCUUAAAGAUAAUAUUGAGGGAAAUAUUUGUUAUAUUGGAUAAAUAGAAAAUGAUGAAUUUAAUGGGAAUGGAUUACUAUUUGUAGAGAAUAAAGGAAUGGCAUAUUAUGGAACUUUUAUAAAGGGAUUAUUUUGUUAAGGAAUAGCAUUGAAUUUAAAGAGUAAGGAAGUAUUAUAAGGGGAGUUUGAGUUUUUAGAUCUAUUUUGUUAUAGGAUUUUAAAUUAUGGAAUAUAUAUGAAUUCUGAUUGUGAAAGGUAAUAAAAAUAUAUUGAGAAUAGAUAUGAAGGUGAAUUUAAAGAAGGAGUAUUUGAUGGAUAUGGUUAAUUUAAGUAUAAGAAUGGUGAUUAGUAAUAAUUUCUAAUUAUGUCUAAUAGAUAUAAAGGAUAUUGGAAGGAUGGAAAAUGUUAUGGAGAUGGUGAACUUUGCAAUGAAGAAUUUGGAUAGUAAUUAAUUAUAAUAAUAAGAUAAGGAUUACGGGGAAAUUUGAGAAUGGAAAAUUAAAUGGUUAAGGAUAAUUAAAUGGUUUAACUAAAAAGUAUAUAUAUAGUAUUUAAUUAGAUAUUAUGGUGAAUUUAAAAAUAAUGAAAUUGAUGGGGAAGGUACAUUAGAAGAUCUUGAAAAUAAAACUAAAUAUGUUGGUUAAUUUAAGAGAGGAUUGAAAAAUGGUGUAGGAACAUUAACUUUUUAAGAUAAUAGAAAGUAUUUUAUAUUAUCUUAGUGUUUUCAAGAAUUGAAGGUAAUUUCUUUAAUAAUGAACCUUCUGGAAAAUGCAAAGAAACAAUUACUAAAAAGUUUGUUGAGAAUAUGAAAUAAACUAUUGAAGUAACAGUAGAAAUAGGUGAAUAUAUUAAUGGAUUGAAAUGUGGAUAAUUUGAUUGUGAAAUUAAAUGCAAUGAUAAAACUAUUUAGUAAAUAAUAAUAACUAUAACAUUUAGAAAAAUUAAGUAUUAUGAUUAAGGAACUAUGAUAUUUGAAGACAUUAUAACAUGA